CUCACAGGCCUGGACAGCCAGGAGACCACCUUCUUCCCCACCAGGGCGGGUUCCUCAAGCUGUGAUACACGCCCACUGUGCAAGGCGGAGCCAGCCCUACAGGUGGCAGCGGGUGGGAGAGGGUUCCCGCCAGGCUAGGCAGUGGAGCGCCGCACAGCGCGCCUUCCCGCCUCCCAACCGCCACCUAAGCAGUUCCCGGCCGGCGCCAGCAGGCCUGCUUGGUCGAUCUUCGAGUAGAGGAUGCGGCGGGGCUGGAAAAUGGCUCUGUCUGGGGGGCUGCGGUGCUGCCGCCGGGUACUGUCCUGGGUGCCAGUGCUCGUUAUUGUCCUCGUCGUUCUCUGGUCCUACUAUGCCUACGUCUUUGAACUCUGCCUGGUGACUGUUUUGAGCCCAGAAGAGAAAGUUAUCUACCUCAUAUUCUAUCAUGCCAUUUUUGUGUUCUUUGCAUGGACCUACUGGAAGUCUAUCUUUACACUCCCACAGCAGCCAAACCAGAAGUUCCACUUGUCCUAUACAGACAAGGAGCGCUUUGAAAAUGAAGAGAGACCUGAGGUCCAGAAGCAGAUGCUUGUGGAUAUGGCCAAGAAGUUACCGGUGUACACAAGAACUGGGAGUGGAGCUGUACGGUUCUGUGACCGGUGCAAUCUAAUCAAGCCAGACCGCUGCCAUCACUGUUCUGUCUGUGCCAUGUGCGUUUUAAAAAUGGACCAUCACUGCCCAUGGGUUAAUAACUGCAUUGGGUUUUCCAACUACAAAUUCUUCCUUCAGUUCUUGGCUUAUUCUGUCCUCUACUGCCUGUACAUUGCUACGACCGUCUUCAGCUAUUUCAUCAAAUACUGGAGGGGAGAAUUACCCAGUGUCCGCUCUAAGUUCCAUGUCCUCUUUCUCCUCUUUGUGGCCUGCAUGUUUUUUGUCAGCCUUGUGAUUCUCUUUGGUUACCAUUGUUGGCUUGUCAGCAGAAACAAAACUACCUUAGAGGCCUUCUGCACACCAGUAUUUACAAGUGGACCAGAGAAAAAUGGGUUCAAUCUUGGCUUCAUCAAGAAUAUCCAGCAGGUGUUUGGUGAUAAUAAGAAGUUCUGGUUAAUACCUAUUGGGUCCAGCCCUGGUGAUGGACACUCCUUCCCUAUGAGGUCAAUGAACGAGUCACAGAACCCUCUGUUGGCAAAUGAGGAACCCUGGGAAGACAGUGAGGAUGACAGUCUAGACUAUCCAGAAGGCUCAUCUUCUCUUGCUGUGGAGAUCGAAACAUAGCAGUCUUCACCUUUUCUGCAGCUCUGACAGGAACCAUCUACCAUGAGGUUUACAGACUUCAGCGCUGAGAACAACCACAAAACACAUCACCAUGUUGGACUGAAAGCUUCACAGUUUGCGAGUUUCAUCACAUACUUGCUGUGCAGAUAGUUUGGGACUUUGCAAAUUUACUUUGCUGAUUGAACUCAGUUUGGAAACAAUUGCUUCAAGCCAGUUUUUCUUUUUUACUCUCCCCCAGUCCAUGAAAGCCUGAGUGUAAAAUAUAUAUCUUAAAAUAUAGUCUAGUCAGGUAAAAAGGGAUUCAGAAGAUUACCUUGGAGUCUAAUUCCCCCGUGAAAGAUUAUUACCCAUGUCUUUCUGCAGGGUCUUUCUGGUAUUGAUGGGAGUCAGUACAUGAUUUUUGGCUUAUGUUCAUGGGCAUAUAUUAACAUGUAUAUGCACAAUGUAUCGAUAUAGAAUUCUGCCAAAUAUCAAGGUUUAAAAACUGACCCUUGGAUUUAAUCAUACUUUUCACCUAAACAGCAACUCAAAUAUUUGAUGAACUCCGAACAAACUUUAUAUUAUUAGCCAGGUGUGGUGGUGCAUUCCAUUAAUCCCAGCACUCACCAGGUGGAUAUCUGUAAAUUUAAGGCCAGCCUGGUCUACAGACCAAGUUCCAGAAUAGCCAAGACUACAUAGAGAAACCCUGCCUGAAAAAAAAUGUAUCUGAAAUUUAAGGAAAUUAAAUAGACAGUGACCAAGAUCCUGUUGAGAACUGAGCAACAAUGCAAAGCUUGUCCUGUCACAGAAUUUUCUGAAAGCACCACAGCUAAUAUGUAAGACCAGAUCAGACUUCUGUUUUUGUAAGCAUAAUAAUUAACAUUUUAAGGCCAGGAAUGAUGGUGCGUGCCUGUCAUCCUAUCACUUGGGAGGCAGAGGAGGGGGAUCACUGCAAGGUCAAGACCAGCCUGGUUGUACUGAGUUUCAGGCCAGUUUGGAUUACAUUUAAAAAAAGAAAGAAAGAAAGAAAGAAAGAAAACCCUAUCCUGAAAAAAAAAAAAAAGAAUUAAUUUCUUAAAAACCUUUAAUGCCAGGCUAUGGUCAAAAUCUCUAUUUUAAUCAUUUAUCUGCUAUAUAGCUUUAUUUUAGCCUUUGUAAAUUACUUUUAUAAUGGUAGAAAUACUAUAAGCCUAAGUUAUGACCCAUCCAUUUUAUAAAAAAGAGUUAAGGGUGAUUUUCAGGUAUAAUUAAAAUUCUGUUGAAGAAGAUAAAGUUUUGGAUACGACACUAGCCUGAGGAUUAGCUAAAGGUCUGUGUUUUCCCAGCAGGAGUUAAUGCACAGAGUUAACUGAACAGUGAUAUUCCAGUCCUCUUUUUUAAGCUUCGGUGGCAGCUCAGCCAUUAAGAGAGUUUACAUCCAUUUCCCCAAUUAUUUAUAACCAGCCUUCCUUUCAGUCCUAGUGCCUGGAUCAAUGAGAUGGACACUAAUGCUGCUUCUUUAUAAUAAUAGUACCUAAGAGUAUUGAUGUUUUUCAUUUUUCACUGCUGACAAUAAAAGCCCCAACUCUCUAACAGAGAUCAGUAGGAGUUACAGACAUCUCACAGUUAUCAAGGAAUUGAACUCCUUAAGAGAUAGUUGUGUUUCCUAAAUUAUUCUCGCUAAAAGUUUCUGAGUGAAAAAGAGUUCCCUGGCACAAACAAAUCUGUGUUGGUGCCCCAGUGCAAAUUGAGAAGGAAAACAACCCAGCUAUUAUUUAAAGCAACGACCAAAUGGACCCAUUUGGUCCCCCUAGAGCCAAGGUGAGACAUUUAGCAUCAAAUGGAUAUUAGUCUGCUUUUCAUUUGAGAGAACACAAGAAAUAAACAAAUCUUUAGGGCAAGGACCUGGGGACUGCUUCUAAAACUCACAGAUUAAGGAGCAACCUCGAAGACUGUGCGUGGUAGAUUCAUGGUGAAAAUUUAUACUUUCACGUGUGAAAAACUUUCCCUUUCCAUGCUCCUGAAGCACUUCUCCUCUCUAGGUUUCCUUUGGAAGCAUAUUUGGCUAUCAACAUGGCUUUAUGAUCCCCAGGCCUUGCCUUUUAGUCCUGUACGGAUGUACCUUUCUCUAAAGGGGUGCAGGCAGCAUUUCACAGGAAAUCAGCAUCAAAGCAACCUUCCCUGACCUUAUCUAUGGUCUUCUGCUGUGGUACAGUACAGAAGCUGCUGUUUGUGAUGUGAGGAAGGCAUCAGGAACACCUCCUCCGUAGAGAGUAUUAGCAGUCAGACCACAUAGACAUCAUUUCACAAAAGACAGUGUUAGUCUCCUACAGGGAAGCACUGGGAAGGUAAAGUUCAGGUUAAUACAAGCUGAUUGGUCAGUGUCUUAAGACUUCCAGUGUCUCCAAAGAGCCAAAUAAACCAGGGGUUUCUCUGGGUGCUUGGAGAAAGAAGAAACCCUAUUCUUGCUUUAGUAUCUUGAUCCCACUAGUUUAUAGACAUUGAUAAUAUCCCUAUACGUAGGUUCUUUGUGUAUUGAUUACUGUAUAUAGGCAUCUAAAUGGUUAGUUAUUGAUCAAGAAGACAGGUUUGUUUCCUAAUCAGCACACCCUGACCUCACUCAUUUGUGUUCUUUUUCUUUGUAACCUGCUAAAUAACUUCUGUGGGAUCUCAUCCCCCAAUCUUUGGUACUCUUCUUCCACGGUUGGAAAAUGGAGCUACUUGUUAAUAUCCCACAGCUGAAAGGUGCUAUGUAACUCCCUAGUGCUCUUACAUAUUUUUAUUUGCAGGACUGGAAUGAAAAGUUUAACCAUUACAGAAUUUCUAAGCAAACAAAUAUGCUCUAUUCUUUUCUUCCAUGUUCUUAGUGCAGAGUAUUUUCUUGCAGAGCCUAGAGUACUUUGUUAAUGUUCUUCCACUUGUUCCAGCAAUGCUCUCGAAAAGAGGCAGAAUGGAAAUUACUCUUCCAAAAAUGAAAGAAAAAGAGAUAACAUGCCACCCAGAAGUACAUAGGUAUUGUGUACAGCCCACUGUUAGAGAAACUUGGCUUCCUAGUGUAAGAGUUACCAUGGAUCAAAGAGAACAGAAUCACAUUCCAGAAGAGUCCCUCUUUCUCCAAAAUCUUGAAGUUUGCAAUCUAGACAGCUCUUUAGUUUCUAAUACAAUAUGUGCCUCUUCCCCUCAAAUGGCCCUGUAAGACGUGUAUUUCACUCUAGAUGGCAUUAGCCAGUGCCAUAAUCUCCUAGGGGACCCAGACAGCCCAAUCUCAGGGUUCAUUUUUCCAGGGAAAAUAAUGGGCUUCCUCACGUUCGUGCCAAAUUGCACAAAGUGUAGGCAUUUAUGUUAGUUGAUAUUUAAGCACAGUCCUAGCAAGUAUGUUUUAAGAAUACUGUGUAUGUGUUAUUGCAAUAUACACCUGACACUUAACAAUGCCCCAACGGACAGGAAUGUAACAAUCAAUCAUAGUUUAUAUCUUUCAACUCUCAUCACAGAUAUCUACACCUCUGGACAUGGACGUGAAUGUACACCCUUCCUUUAAGGCAGACUGCUUGGUCAUUAGAACUAAUAUUUUACAGGGAUGAUUCUGUGUUUCCUUUUUAAUGACGUCCAAAAUGACAGGACAUGAAGAACAUUUCCUUUAUCUUCUGAGUGGCUAAGAGUGUUAGUUGGGCUGAAAGACAUGUCCUGUGCCGAGGCACAGAGGACAUCUAAGAAGACCAUCAGACCCUAUUGCAAGUUCCAAGCUCACAGAAAAUCCAUGCACUCUGUCCAAUCAGGAGGAAAUGGUGGACAGUGUAUACACCAUUUGCAUUACUUUAACCAUACCUAUAAAGUAUCAGAUUAUGCUGUAGCCUUUGCAUGUGGGUGGCUCUUCCUAGCAUGCAGUCCUUGAUUUGUUUACUUCCCCAAAAGGCCUAAGCCUAGUUUUAACAUUCAUCAGCAGAAUGAGUUAAAACACACAAUGAAUUCAAUCUAUUGGGAUGUAGGUUUUUGGUGGGGAAUGGUUAAAAGAAAAGAACAAUAAGAUAAGGUGCAUUCGCAAAGUAAUUGUUUUCAGCCUGCUGUCUAAAUAAGCAAAGGAACACAGCAGGAAAGCUGGGUCUGGGUCUUGGUAAGAUAUGGAAUGUAUUGGAGAGUCAGAAAAGGAAAGACAAUGGGGAACUUGUACAGUUAAGACCAAGUUGCCAAUUUGCUAUAAAUCCCUUUUGCCAUCAGUCUGCUUACAGUGAUAUGUAUUUAUAUAGUAUUCUUAAAACGAUGUGUCUUGCUGUAGAAAUUCUGAAAAAUGCUGGUCAGCUUUAUGUUCCUAUGCCCUUUAUUAAAACUACAAACUAAAAUACAUAAA